UUGUCCUUUAACCCCCUACGCGGUACUUCAUACAUAGAUCUUCCUCGUGACAUAAAAUUAAAAAAGGCUGUUAUAAAUGUAAAAAACAAGGAUUAUUUUUGUUUUAAAUGGGCGUUACUCUCGGCGUUAUAUCCCGUAAACAAACACACCGAUCGGGUAUCAUCGUACGUUAAACAUGCAAAUAAACUUAAAUUUGAUGGUAUUUCCUUUCCGGCUAAAAUUUCUGACAUAGCAAAAGUAGAGAAAUUAAAUGAUAUUAGUAUUAAUGUUUUUGGGUUGGAAUAUAAUAAAGAAAAACGAUGUAAUUCUAUAGUAGGUCCAUUAUUUUUAACAAAGUGUCGUAAAGAUAGACAUAUCAAUUUAUUAUUUUUUUCCAAGCAUACAAAAAAUCAUUAUUGCUAUAUAAAAAAUUUAUCGCGGUUAGUUAGUAAACAAAUUUCAAAAGACGGUCACAUCAUGUACAUUUGUGAAGCAUGUCUACUUCGUUUUCCAUCUCAGGAAAGGUUAAAUAACCAUGAACAAUACGAUUGUGCCCACAUUUGUACAGUAUUACCAAACAGUGAAACUUUAAAAAAAAAGAAUUGGUUUGGUCAACCUAUUUCAAAUGAUAAAAUUAAAUUUGAUAGUUAUGAAAAAAAGUUAAAGAUACCAUUCGUAGUUUAUGCUGAUUUUGAAGCAUUUUUAAAACCAAUAGAAUCAUGUUCUAACGAUCCUUCCAAACCUUUCACUCGUAAUAUUCAGAAACAUGAAGUACAUAGUUUUGGAUAUUAUAUAAAAUGUUCAUAUGAUGAUAAAUUAUCAAAAUAUGUAACAUAUUGCGGACCCAACUGUGCACAAGUGUUUAUGGAAAGUUUAUCUAACAAUCUAAAAGAAAUAAAUAGACUUCAAAAAUAUCCGCCACUUCCGCUAACAAAUGAAGACAAAAACCAAAUUUCAAAUGCAACCAUUUGUCAUAUUUGUGAAACUGAGUUGGCAAAACAUUUUUAUGAUUUUGAUUGGUACACUGGUAGUUUUAUAGGUGUUGCUCAUGAAUCAUGUUGUUCGAAGUUCAGAACACCUCGUUAUAUACCAAUAUUUUUACACAACCUUAGUCACUAUGAUGCUCAUUUUAUUGUUCACGCGUUAAACUUUUGUGAUGGUGAAGUCGAAGUUAUCCCUCAAAAUAAAGAAAAAUAUAUAUCCUUUUCCAAAAAACUAAAAGUGAAUAACCACGAAAUUAUAUUGAGAUUCUUAGAUUCAUUUAAGUUUUUACCGUGUAAAUUAGAAGAAUUGGCCAAAAAUCUCAGUAAUGAUCAAUUUCAAGAAUUACGUAGAAAUUACCCUAAUGAUGAAGAUUUCUUUCGUUUAAAACGGAAAGGUGUUUAUCCAUAUGAACUUAUGACUAAUUAUGAUAGUUUAAGCCUAACAUCGCUCCCUGAACAAAAAUGUUUUUAUAGUUCGCUCACAGAUUCACAUAUUUCAAAUGAUGAUUACAAUCAUGCUAAAGAUGUUUGGGAACAUUUUGGGUGUUGUAAUAUGUUAGAUUAUUCAAACCUGUAUUUAAAAACAGACGUUUUACUUUUAUCCGAUGUAUUUGAAAACUUUAGAAAGUUAUGUAUUAAUACAUAUGAUUUAGACCCUGUCCAUUAUUACACAGCACCCGGUUUAAGUUGGGAUGCAAUGUUAAAAUAUACAAAAAUAGAAUUAGAACUUUUAACAGAUUAUGAGAAAAUUGCAUUUAUUAGAUCAGGUAUCAGAGGUGGUGUAUCUCAAUGUAGUAAUCGUUAUGCUAGAGCUAAUAACAAAUACAUGGAGGAUUAUGAUACAGGGAAACCAAAUUCAUAUAUCACAUAUUUUGAUGCCAACAAUUUAUAUGGUUGGGCUAUGUCUCAAUAUCUUCCUACUGGUGGAUUCGAAUGGGUAAAUUCAAAUACAGAAUUUAAUGUGUCUAAGACAUCAGACUUCGGUUUUAUUUUAGAAGUUGAUUUGGAAUAUCCAGAUGAACUUCAUGAUUUACAUUCGGACUUUCCUUUAUGUCCAGAAAACAUUUGUGUAGGCAAUAUUAAUGAGAAUAAACUAGUCCCAAAUUUAAAUAAUAAAGAUAAAUAUGUAAUUCAUUACAGAAAUUUAAAGCAGUGCAUAGAAAUGGGGGUUAAAUUAACUAAAAUUCAUAGAGUUUUAAAAUUUAAACAGUCUCCCUGGUUGAAGAUGUACAUAGAUCUAAACACAAAAUUAAGAACUUUAGCAAAAUCAGAUUUCGAAAAAGAUUUUUAUAAAUUAAUGAAUAAUUCAGUCUUCGGUAAGACUAUGGAGAAUAUUGAAAAAAGGGUUAACAUAAAAUUAGUUACGCACUGGGAGAACCAGGGUAAAGGUGCUCAAGAUCUAAUCGCUAAACCACAAUUUCAUAGCCUUUCAAUAUUUUCGGAAAACCUAGUUGCGGUUCAGUUGCGAAAAACGAAGUUAAUAUAUAACAAACCAAUUUAUUUAGGGUUUUGCAUUUUAGAUAUUUCAAAAACAUUAAUGUAUGAUUUUCAUUAUAACUAUAUGAUUAAAAAGUUUAGUAAAAUCAAAUUAUUGUAUACAGAUACGGAUAGUUUAAUAUAUCAUAUAUUUACAAAUGAUUUUUACACUGAUAUAAAACCUGACCUUUCAUCAUACUUUGAUACCUCAGAUUAUGAUACAAAUAAUAUUUUUGAAUAUCCAAAAUUAAAUAAAAAGAAAUUAGGUUUUUUUAAAGAUGAAAAUAAUGGUAAAAUCAUGAAAGAAUUUGUGGGUUUACGAUCCAAAAUGUACGCUUUUAACUUAGAGAAUAAGACUAUAGCCAAGGCAAAAGGGGUAAAUAAAUGUAUCACUAAAAACAUGACAAUGAAUAGUUAUAAGUCUUCUCUAUUUAAUAAAAAAGUGCAAUAUUAUAGUAUGCUUAGAUUUAAAUCAAUUAAACACACAAUUUUCACACAAAAAUUAAAUAAGAUAGGUUUAUCAUAUAAUGACACAAAGAGACAUAUUUUAGAUAAUAAUAUUGAAACAUUAGCUUGGGGUCAUUAUAAACUGCGUUAA